AUAUAUUUCCUCUCUGAACAGAAGUCCAGACACACACAGGACUCAGAGCUCAGCCUCACUUUACUCUGUUAUACUGACACAAACCCCACAGACGCUCAGGACACUGUGUGUGACAGUAAUCACACCUUGAAUCAGGAUGAAUCUACUGAUCAAACCUCCACAGAGUCUCUGGAUUCUGUCUGUAACGCUGGAGAACAGCAGAUCCUGAACACCAGACCACUGAACAUGUGUUCUGUCACACUGAUGGACUGCAGGAAACUGAUGGAGAUGAAAACUGAACUCACAGUAAAGGAAGAACAGACUGAUGAAGAUGAUGAUUUAUAUUCUUCACUGAAACUGAUGAACGGCGGGAACAUGAUGGAAAUAAAAACUGAACCCACGUCAAAGAAAGAACAGACUGAUGAAGAUGAGAAUCACGAUGAGAGCGGUGAUUCAUGUGGUGAAUCUUCAUCAAAACAGCGACUGACAGCACAAACUCUUCCCUGCAUCACAGAGGAACAUUUAGGGGGACAUGAGAGGAGUCACACAGAACAGAAAGUUUCACAAGAUCAGCGACAUCAUUCUGAAAAGCACAAGGAGGAGAAAGAGUUUCUCUGUGAGCUCUGCGGGAAGAAUUGUGUCUCCUCUUUCAGUCUGAAAACUCACCUGAAGACACACAAUGGAGAAAAGUCUUUCCACUGCAAAGGUAUCAGCAUCGAAACCUAUCUUGUUGCUCAUCAGAGAAUUCACACGGGAGAAAAACCUUACAAGUGUCCUCACUGUGAGAGGACAUUCAGCCAUUCAUCUGAUGUUAAGAAACACAUGCGUGUCCACACCGAUGAGAGACCGUAUCAGUGCAGUGAAUGUGGAAAAACCUUUAAGAGGUCAGACGUUUUAAAGUCACACCAAAAAACACACUCUGAGGAGAAACUCUAUCAGUGUUCACACUGUGAUAAACAAUUUCGUGAGAAACUUUAUCUGAUAACUCAUGAGAGAAUUCACACUGGAGAGAAACCUUAUCUCUGUUCUCACUGUGGAAAGAGCUUUUCAAGACGAAGUACUUUAAAUUUUCAUCAGAGAGUUCACACUGGAGAAAAACCUUAUCACUGCAGUGUUUGUGAGAAGUGUUUCACCACAUACGGGACCUACUCCAGGCAUCAGAGAACUCACACAGGAGAAAGACUUUAUAAAUGUUCUCAGUGUGACAAGACGUUUGCUCGACCAGAUGUCCUAAAAACCCAUGAGAGAGUUCACACUGGAGAGAAACCUUAUCACUGCUCCAUCUGUGGAGAGAAAUUCAGUUAUUUAAAUGGUCUUAAAGCUCAUGAGAGGAAACAUGCUGGAACACAAACUGCACUGGAUUCAUAAUCAUAGCAUUUUCGAUCAAUAUGAUAAUUUUGCUUGAAUUUAAAGUUCUAAUAUUUCUGUGAUCUUGAAUAAUAAUUUGCAAUCUGCAGACUUAAUUAUCAGAGUAAAUCGGUAAGGGAGAAUUAUUUAAGUUUAUUUUGUAACAUGAUACAUUUGCAAAUGUACAAACAUACUAAAAUAUCUCAUAGGGCUGCACGAUAAUUUAUCGCGAUACUACUAAAUCCUAUUGAAACUGAGUGUGGCUGCGAUAUGCAACGUGUCAAUAUUUUUUCAUGCGUAUCUUGCCCCUUAAGCACAGCUCUGGGAUCAGUAGGAAAUGCCACUCGAUCUAAAAGCAGUGUGAGUUUGAGUCGCUUAUAAUGUGCACUUGAAAAAGCAACACCCGUCAAACAAGAUCAUAAUAAAUAUACUUUAUUAUCAUAAGAAUCCCUGAUGAGGCUUCAGUGAGAAAAAGAUGUCCAUAGGCAUUUCCUUGAUUCUAGAACUUCUUAUGGUCUUCUUCUGCAGUGUGUAUUUGGAGUUUCUGCACUAGAGCGCCGUCGGGAGUUUUGAUGCAGCUGCAUUUUCCCGUACUUCACUCAAAAGCUGUGCAUAAAUCACGUGAUAUUUAUCGUCGGUUUAUCGUAACACCCCUAAUAUCUCAUCAUAAAAUCUCAUUUGUAUUUGUAAUACCGAACAUUUAUCUGAUUUAUCGUUUUCUUGGAUUUACAGGUUUUACCAUAAUAAAUCGCUGUGCAAAACCACCUUGCUUCAUUGAUAUGUUGACAUUACUUUGGAUUUAUGAGCUCUACAUUAUUAUACCGGUGUCUGUGACACAAAAUAAACACAUCUGUGCCUAUAACAUUGUUUGAGUAGCAAUUGUGUGGAUAUUACAAUGAUAGCCGCGUCCACUGCGCCCAUAUCUGUAUACCUUAAUGCAGAUAUUAAUCUGCAUAUAAUCACUUCUAUAGUUCCGUAUUAGCCAAACAUUUAUUCUAAUUGUUGUUUCCCUGUAGACACCCUAAUCAGAUGUGCUGGUGCCUCAUUGGCAUGGCAAAUUACCCCUUUAUAAAAAAAAAAGAUUUGCAUUUUAAAAGGAGAAUGGCCCACACUGAUAUAUUUACAAUAAGCGCUGCAAUAUUUCAUGAAAAAAUAGGCAUUGUUUUUUUAUUUCACUGGGACUUUAACGCCUUCUAGCAUUUAAGGCUGUAUUAAUGGCGAGAACUAGUCAAUCCGUACACUCAAGUCGACCAUACACACGUGGGGAGAGGGACAGUUUGGAAUCCUCAAUUAACCUAAACUGCUUUUUUGAUGGGGCUGUGGGAGGAAACCGGAGUACCCCAUGAAAACCCACGCUGACACAGGGAGAACAUGCAAACUCCCUGGGCCGGGAGUUCGAACCGGAGACCUUCUUGCUGUGAGGCAACAGUGCUAACAGUAUUGAUUUAAAAAUUGGACUAUACACUAUAAAGUAUCAAAAUAUUUCAUUGAGCACAAACCAUUGCGAUAUCCACUCAUGUGUGUUACACACAGUGUUGUGUGUGUGUGUGUGUGUGUGUGUGUUUGUGUUGAGAUGUUGAAGAUGACGUCACAGAUGUGCUGUAAAUCAGUGGGAACUGAUCUGUCCAUGCUGGAUAUUGAUGAUUUCAUCACAGAAAUCUGUCAGCUGAAGAAAGAGGUGAAGUUACUGGAGGAAAAGCUGAGGACAAGAGGAGAUGAACUCAAC